AUGGGAAGCAGCUGUCACGAGCAGAAAAAGCACUUCGGAAAUCCGGAGUUUGCGUCGCAUGCAUGUGCCGUAUAUUCCGAAUGGCUUGCCUUGCAACAUCGUCUCCGGUCUCACGCGAACCAUGUCUCAGUCAACGGUCGUGACCUGACGAUCGCUGAUGUUGUUGCUGUAUCGCUACACGGCGUCUCGGCAGAUAUCAGCGACGAUCAACAGCUUCACAAACUCAUCAAUGACAGCGUUGAGUUUCUUGAAAAAGAGCUCGAAGCCGGCCGUGUCAUCUAUGGCGUCAACACCGGCUUCGGCGGCAGCGCAAACACGAGGACGCAGCACUUUGAGCGCCUCCAGAGCGCGGCGAUCCAGCAUCUCAACGUCGGAAUUUUACUUGAAGCCGACAGGACUAGCGAUUCUUCCCUCGGCAUCACUUCAAAGAACCCGCUGCUCCGAAGCCACGCACUACCAAGUCCAGUUGUGAAGGCGGCCAUGCUGAUUCGUUGCAACUCGCUUGUCCGAGGGCAUUCUGGUGUGCGACUCCAGGUCAUUGAGUCAAUUAUGCACCUCCUAGCCAGGGAUCUGGUCCCGGUAGUGCCGCUGCGAGGCAGCAUCUCUGCAUCGGGCGAUUUGUCGACCCUCUCAUACAUUGCCGGUGUUAUCGAGGGCAACCCCAACAUAUUUGUCAGAACUGAGGGCGGAAAGACGGUUCUUCGGGCGAACGAAGCCCUCAAGAUACACCAACUGGCCCCGAUGCGACUCCAAGCCAAGGAAGGCCUCGGCAUUACCAACGGCACCGCGCCAAGCUGCGCCGCCGCAUGCCUCGUGAUGCACGAAGCCAACCGGCUCGCCCUCCUCGUUCAACUGCUCACAGCAAUGGCCACCGAGGCGCUCUCCGGCACAGCGCAUAACUACGAUCCCUUCAUCUCGGAGGUUCGCCCGCACGCUGGUCAGGCCGAGGCAGCCGCCAACAUUCUCCGGUUCCUGUCCGGCUCCCAACUCAGCCCCUAUUCCUCCUCCUAUGCCACCGCGCAGAAGCGAAUCGGCCUCGCCCAGGACCGCUACGCUCUGCGCACCGCGCCGCAAUGGAUCGGCCCUCAGCUUGAGGACCUGGCGCUGGCCACGAGACAGGUGGCCACGGAACUCAACGCGACGACCGACAACCCGCUGAUCGACGUGGCCGGCAGUACCAUCCACCACGGCGGCAAUUUCCAGGCUAUGGCGCUGACGUCGGCCAUGGACAAGACGCUGGCGGCGCUGCAGAACCUGGGCCGGCUGCUGUUUGCGCAAGCGAGCGAGAUGAUCAACAACACCACCUCACACGGCCUACCCCCAAACCUAGCCGCCGACGACCCCUCGGCCUCCUUCACGGCUAAAGGCUUCGACGUCAACAUGGCUGCCUAUGCCGCCGAGCUCGCUUACCUCGCCCGCGGGCCCGUCAGCGCCUGCAUGCAGCCCGCCGAGAUGGCCAACCAGAGCGUCAACUCCAUGGCCCUCGUCGCCGCUCGCUAUGCCGCCGAAGCCGUCGAGGUUUUGAGUCUCAUGGCGGCUACCUACAUAUGGAUUCUUUGCCAGGCGCUGGAUUUGCGGUGUUUACGCGUCGAGUUUGGGCGGGCGGUUGAGAGAGAGGUCAGCCGGGUUAUUCGCCUGUCUUUGCUUGCCGAUCUUACAUUCGUGGACCUGGUGAAGGACUUGGUGAGGUAUGACGAGUUUCUGCGGUUCGUGACCGAAGUGACGGAGGCGGUUCUGCAAAGGUGGGAUCAGCUUUCACAUCUGGAUCUGCGGGAUCGGAGCAAGACGGCUGCGAACGAGUCGUUGGGACCGGUGCUGGAGUGCAUUGCCAAGUAUCGAGACACGGUCGGGGACCUACGGUUGGAAAAGAUACCGGAUUAUCAGAAGCUGAUGGCCGAGAUGCUCGAGAAGCGCUACAACGACAUCCGCGCACAAUUCUUCCGCGGGCAACUGACAGCUGCCACAUACAUCAGCCCCGCAUCCAGAGUGGUGUUCGCCUGGGUUCGGAAGGAUUUGAAGAUCCCGUUCCACAGGGGCCUUGAGGACCACCCCACGCUGCUCUUGCGCAAGGCCGAGGGAGCCCGGGCAUGCAACGGGGACGGCGUUCAGGACGAUGGCGCUAAUGGUGUUGUGCGACCGGACGAGGAACUGUUGGCGCGGGGUAGGACACUCGGGACCAUGGCAAGCGACAUCUACGAGGCGAUACGCCGCGGCGAGCUGCAUGACCGAAUCAUGAAAUUCGGAGAAGAUGCUGGCCUCUGGCGUUGA